GAACGCAAUCAUGCGAUCUGUGAGUGCAACGAGGAAAACGCGGCUGCUUCGGAUGAAAAAAGUAUCUGAGAAGCCUGCAGAAAGUGACCACGCUUCCAGCAACCCAAUCCCGUGUCCUGGCGCACUUCAUGAACUGAAGGCAAUUGAGGACAUGGUCACAGAUCCCUUUUGUAUGGACCUUGGGCGAAUAAAAAUGCUUUUGACCGCAACUGCACAGGCCCGCAGCUCCAAUGCACCAGAUGAUUUGCCGUCAUACUUUUUAAAUCCUGACGUGCUUGCCUUUGAAGCAGAAAUAAGGUUUAAAGAUGCAGUGGAGGCUAUGGAGGCCAAGCUAAGCAAAAUACAAGAGAUUUUGGACCGGGGAAGUCUCAUGGGACUUGAAGAAUUUGUUCGACCCAAGGCCAAUGCUGCGGUUUUUACUACAGCACAAGAACUUGGCAACAGCAUUGUGCCAUUACCACCUGCAUCAUCACCUGAGAAGGCAGUAAUCCUCCUGUUGACUGUAUAUUUUAUUUUAAACCUGUCAUACCCAUACGCUUUUGGACAGUUCUUGGGACUUGUGCAGACAGUUGUUGUAAAGGGUGAGCCAUUUCACAGUGACUUGAUGUCGUUUAAGUUAAAGUCUCUGUUGAAAAACCUGAAGCGGUCAGGCCUAAUAUUGACGAGCUAAAUGUUCAGCUAUAACGCAGAAGUCGUGCUUCUUUUACAAUUUUUUAUCACCAAGGCAAACUGCUGGCUGUAGGUUUCAAGGCUGGCUUUUUUUAAAGAUAUCAUUUG